GCAGUCUGCAAUCCCGUUUCGCGGAAGUAAGGGAGAAAAUGGGGGUGGAGGGAGCAGCUGCCAAGCAGCAUCCGCCCGAAAGAGGAACCUCGCCAGCCUCCCGUGCUACCUGGCCGGGCCUGGCAACCCCAGCGCGGCGCAGCAGCUCACGCAGGAAACCCAGCGUGAGCCCGGGAGGCGCAGGCCCUCCUCUGCCCUCGUCAAGUCACACUCCUUUUCUGCCCCCGGCUGGCCUCGCCCCCGCCACGCUACCUGUGGACCGAAAAAGAACAAAACUCGAACCCCCUAUUGCGUCCUCUCCUUCCAGCCUCUCCGAGCCCCCACCAUCUGCUAAAAGAGAAGAUGCUCCGUACACACACUCUCACCAACCCCCCAUCCCCAGUUCCUGCGGCCGAGGCCACCCCGGGGUGCUGGCGGGCCAGGGGCGGGGUGCUGCUGAGAAGCGCAAGCGGCACACGCCAGGCGGGAACCUGCCGGAGGGACUCGUGAGACCCCAGAUGCAGCCCAGAUGCAGAGAACGGGGUUAGCAGGAAGCCUCCACAUGUCAUCAACUUCAAGUUCUGCCUUAGCUGCAGGAAGUCACAUUGUCUGAUGUCACCUCCUGUUUUGGAUAGCCUGCAUCUGGUGACCAAGGAUGGCAGAUGUAUUAAAACCCAGUCAUUCUGAUUUCCUCUGCUGCCCAGUCAUGCUAAUUCCCCUUUCCCUUCUUACGUGUUGACUGCUAAUAAAUAUGUUGCACCUUAAACUUCUCAGAGUCUGCUUUUAGGUAAUCCAACCUUUGAAAGUUGGUACCAGGAAGGGUCUGAGAAAGCAGGUGUAACUACAGACUUUUAGACCUGCAUUAUUCAUCACCUGGCUGGAGGACCCCAACACAGACAGCUUAUGGAACAAUGUGGUGGUUCAUUUAUUAAAACUUUUCAGCAAUGUUGGAAGGCAUACCAAUGGAAGCUCUGCACUAGUGAAAGUGAAGUAUCAUAUUUAGGUGUAUGGAGUAACUGGUAUCUUAAGGAUUACGGGACUAUACCCCCAAAGCAGCCACAAGACUUAGCCAGUGGAGCUGGUAUAGUACUUGUGUCACUGGAUACUAAGAAUGCUUAAUCAAGGGGGUCAAAACUUAAAAUUAGAUAGGAAAGAGUUGAUUAACUUGGCAGUGUUUCUCCUGAUACGGGAUUUAACACACUGGCAACUACCCCCAGGAGAUGAUGUGAACUCUCUACUAGAAAGCCUCCUAGAAAAACACAGAAAAAGCAGUAGCCCACAGGUCAGUGUGUUAGUCAGGUUCUCCAGAGAAGCAGUAUGUGUCUCUCUCUAUAUAUAGAUGUAGAUAUGGAUAUAGACAUAGAUAGCUAUAAUUUUAAGAAAUCUACUGAUUUAAAUGUUUGGCAUUUAAAAAAUACUUUCACAGCAACACCUAGACUGGCAUUUGAUCAAACAACUGGCUCCCAUAGCCCAGUCAAGUUGACACACAGAAUUAACCAUCACGAUGAGCAAAGCUGAAAUGCCAGAAUUUCCAUGGCAGAUGGUGAAGGAAAUCAUUAAAAGCUCAGGGAAGUGACUAUGCAGGAAUGUAGAUGUUAUAUACUACCAAAAGACUCACCAAUUAUUAUAUUCUAUAGGGAGACCCAUAGAGCACAGUAUUCAACAAGGCCAUAAGGAAUGUGCUGGUGCAAGGGGCACCAGCAUCACUAGAAUGUCCAGUGGUGGCUCUCCUCUGUAGUUUAGAUAAGGCAGUUACAGAACUUGGCUCACUGAUAACAAUGGGGCUGAUAAGGCCUCAAAACAAUGUAAUUCAGAUAGCAGUGCUUAAGUACCAAAAAUCAGCAUACAAAGACUAUUGCAAUGGCUAAUUAACUUGGUCUGGCAUCCUAGGGGGGCUCAUCCACAGAAAGCUAUUCAGAUGAUUCAUAGAACAUGACAUACAAAAGGGCAUAAUAGAUGGACAGCUGACAAGGGCACUACUCAUCUUGAGCCAGCAGAAGAAAUCAAAGUUGGAUCACUGGGUGGGGAGGCAGAGGGAAGUCACCCGACUAAAAAAAAAAUCAUAAGUCUUUGCCCUGUUUCCAGACCUGAGCCAGUUUUUAAAACUGGGACACUUUGACUACAGAGAUGGCUGGUUCUUAGGAGAAACAACCCUGCAACAACAUGACAAUUGUAUUUGAAUGAUUCCCCAGGUCUUUCCCCAAAGGAAAGCGGGAAAGGGGAAACCUAGAUAUUAUGCAGACUGAAGGACAGAGUGAAUGAGUGGACGUUGACAACUAAAAACCCAAAGUAACAUCAUGCCCCUUCCUAGAAUUUGGACACGUGAGCUCCAGAUAAUAAAUGGAGUAUUGCCCAGAUCCAGCGUAUUGUGAGUUCAAUAAGUUAAUGGAUUCAUUCAGUGGUCAUUUCUGAUCCAAGAUUUUAACAUUGGACAGUUGGAGCAACUCCCACAUUGGAUCCUCGGUCUUUGAGGUAAAGAGAAGACUCUAAUUGAAUAUCAGUUGUGGCUCCAUGCCCAACUGCCAUGAGAGGGGCUGUCGUUUGUCUCACUGACCUCCCACUUCUAAGAGAUGCCUCAGGGGAGAGACCCAGCAGAAUCCUGCUCGACUAGGAGCUGCUACUUGAACAAAUAUGGAGAAGUACAUGCCAGUGGUACAAAGGGUGAACUGUGACAGAUGUGAAGAUUAUACCACCCAGGUGCUCUUCAGAGACCGGCUUGCUGUGGGGAUGCCAUCACCAGACAGCCUCCCAGUGUCAGUUUCUUCAGAGUUGCCUCAGCUGCAGCAAACUGCUUCACCUGCACCUAAAGACUGAUCAAGGCAGGGACGGGUGGAAAGGCCUGGCCAUUUGGACCACUGGACAUGUUAGGCAGCCUGAGGUUGGUGGAUCUACCUGUUUACUGUCACAUUUGGUUAAGGAAGGAUCAAUAGAUGUCCAUGGUAAUCACCUGAGUUCUCUCUGGAGCUCCAUCCUGAAUUGGCCAAGUUUUUGUUGGGUCCAUCACAACUGAAUUUCUCGCUACCCAAUCUUGCUUAUCCCUUUUCCCCUUCUCUAAUAAACACGUUACUCACUAAA